CGCUCGUUUCGACUGUACAGCUGUUUCACGUUACUAAAUUCUGCGCAAGAUAUCCACGAUUUACAUGAAAGGCAGCGAUGCAAACAGGCUCGCGGGUGAGUGGUGGUCCCCGAAUAAGAACAUCACUGUCUGUCCACCCUCGUCCACCAUGCGGAGUGUAAACGCUACCGACGUAGGUCGUGUAUGAGGGACAUUUUAUGGAAGGUGGGACGAGGAGGAGGUCGUGGUGAGUGAGGCUGCUGUCUGUCUCCAGCUGAGCAGCAGGAGACCGGAGGGUUAGCACAGCUAGCUGUGAGGGUAUGACGGUGUAACGGAGCAGCAACUACACGACAACCCGCUGUUUGUGUUCAGUCAUGGCUGCGAACAAGAACAAUCCAACGCCCGGGAUGGCGGAGAUCAUUCAGCUUAACGUCGGUGGGACGAGGUUCAGCACCUCGAGACAGACUCUGAUGUGGAUCCCAGAUUCAUUCUUCUCAAGUUUGCUCAGUGGAAGGAUAUCUACUCUACGGGAUGAAACUGGAGCUAUAUUUAUUGACAGAGACCCUACAGCUUUUGCACCAAUUUUGAAUUUUCUCCGAACCAAAGAAUUGGACAUGCGGGGCGUCAACAUCAGCGUCCUGCGUCAUGAAGCGGAGUUUUACGGGAUAACUCCUUUAGUACGACGCCUGUUGCUAUGUGAGGAACUGGAGCGCUCAUCGUGUGGAAGUGUUCUCUUCCAUGGUUACCUGCCACCCCCAGCCAUCCCAGCUCGGAAAUCCAGCCCGCUUCCAUCUGCCUCUGGUUGCUUGUCAGAAGAGCGGCCGGGUCCAAGUGGAGUGGAGGCUGUGACCCGCGUUGGUCCCCCUCCUCACUCAUCCCUUCCUGGCUCACCUGGAAUAGAUGACACUCGCCAAGUGGGACCCACCAUUGACCCCAGAAAGGUGUUGAUCAUAGCAGGACACCACAACUGGAUUGUAGCAGCCUAUGCACACUAUGUCAUCUGCUACAGGAUAAAGGAAUCUUCUGGAUGGCAGCAGGUUUUUUCCUCCCCCUACCUUGACUGGACCAUUGAGCGUAUAGCGCUCAAUGCCAAGGUGGUGGGAGGUCCACAUGGAGACAAGGACAAGAUGGUGGCCGCUGCCUCUGAAAGCAGCAUUAUCCUCUGGAGCAUCCAAGAUGGCGGCAGUGGUAAUGAGAUAGGUGUGUUCAGUCUCGGCGUACCAGUCGAUGAUCUCUUUUUCAUCGGGAAUCAGCUGGUGGCUACGAGCCACACGGGGAAAGUGGGCGUGUGGAACGCUGUCACACAACACUGGCAGGUUCAGGAUGUGGUUCCCAUUACCAGUUGUGACACAGCAGGAUCCUUCUUACUACUGGGCUGCAACAAUGGCUCCAUCUACUACAUUGAUAUGCAGAAGUUUCCACUGAGGAUGAAGGAUAAUGAUCUUCUGGUGACUGAACUCUAUCAUGACCCUUCGAACGACGCCAUCACUGCGCUGUCUGUCUACCUCACGCCUAAAACCAGUGUGAGUGGAAACUGGAUAGAGAUCGCCUAUGGGACAAGCAGCGGUGCAGUGAGAGUGAUCGUGCAGCACCCAGAGACAGUGGGAUCAGGACCGCAGCUCUUUCAGACGUUCACUGUGCACAGGAGCCCAGUGACAAAGAUUAUGUUGUCCGAGAAGCAUCUGGUAUCAGUGUGUGCGGACAACAACCAUGUUCGAACAUGGACGGUGACCCGUUUCAGAGGGAUGAUCUCCACACAGCCCGGCUCCACCCCUCUGGCCUCCUUCAAAAUACUGUCCCUGGAGGAGACAGAGAGCCACGGCAGCUACUGCUCUGGGAACGAUAUAGGUCCAUUUGGAGAGAGAGAUGAUCAGCAGGUCUUCAUUCAGAAGGUCAUUCCCAUCACCAACAAACUGUUUGUGAGGCUUUCAUCAACUGGAAAACGGAUCUGUGAAGUGCAGUCAGUGGACGGGACCACCAUCUCAUGCUUCAUGGUGCGGGAGUGCGAAGGUUCCAGUCGGAUGGGGUCGCGACCUCGGCGCUACCUGUUUACCGGUCAUGGCAACGGGAGCAUCCAGAUGUGGGACCUGACGACGGCGAUGGACACGGCUAACAAAGGAGAGGAGCGGAAAAAAGAGGAUGUCGGCGGGCCCACAGAGGAGGAGCUGCUGCAGCUGUUGGAUCAGUGUGAUCUGAGCACCUCCCGCUGUGCUACACCAAACAUAAGUCCCGCCCCCUCCGUGCUGCACCACACACGGCUGCGAGAGUCCUGUUCAAGUCUGCAGUUACAGGCCCAGGAGUCUAUUCCUGAGACUCAGGCUACUUAUGCGGCUGUGCGGCCCUACAGAGAGAGCCCCCUGCUGGCCCGCGCUCGACGCACCGAGUCCUUCCACAGUGCCCGAGACUUCCAGAACUUCUGCCUGACCCGAGGUGUUUUGGACAGCACGCGUCCAACGUCUGCCCAGGAACCCAGUCAGGUCACCGAUGUCCGCCGUUCACUCUGUGAUUUUGGGCCCGAGGACAGUGAGAGGAGAACUUCAGUGCUGGAGCUCUGGGGUUGCCGAACAGUCGCUGCGAGCUCUAGCGCAGCAAGUGCUGGGGUCUUGACUGGCGCUGGUGUUUCUGGGAUGAAGACAGAAGGAGGUCAAGAAACUUCACGGCAACCGCCAGACAGCCCAAUUCCGGGGGGUGACGUCAGGAAGAAGGUGCUUGUUGCAGACGAAGGAGAGGCUGUGGCCUCGGGCGGAGAGGGGGCGAAGGCAGAGGGUUGUGUGAGGAAAAGGGGAGUACUGGAGGGAGGCUUUCUAGGGAGGAAGAGAACUCCACCAGUUCCUCACCUCUCCUCCCUCCCCUCUGGAUCUGAUGGUGGUGGCAGUGACUCAUCGGCUAACGCCUCUCCCUCCCCAACCAAACUGGCCUCCUCCACCUCGCCACGGCACAGGAAGCUGGCACCUGAGCCACCCAAUCAGGACAGCAGCCUGUGAAAACUCAGUGUUGUCCACCACAGAUUUCUUCUGAUGGAAUGAGGCUGUAGAGGCAUGUUAUCGGUGCAUGUGGGACUCACUGUUUCAGACAUGAAUAUAAAGUACAGUUCAGUCUGUUCCCUGUGUGAGCCCACUCAUAAUCAGUCGGUGAAUCAGCAUCUGGUCUGAAGGCUGAUAAAGGAUUCAUUGGAACAUGACACCCUCAUAUCUGUAGUAGGAAAUAUCUUAAAAAAAAAAAAAAACAGUUGCUGAGUCUCAUCCCCAGGUUGUAAUAUUUCGGUAUGGAGGCUCUUUGAGAUUAGCUCCUCCCACUAGAUGAUCAUGUACAGACACACAUACUUUGUACACGAUAGAUACUCACGAUACACAAGGCAUACUCUUCAUCUCUGAAAGGUUGUGCCCAUAUUGACGUGGGGUUUUAUUGCGUUGAUUGAUCCUAAACUACUUUCUUUUUAAGGUUUAAUGGGCGUGCACAUAGAGCUGCUUAGUAGAACAGCCAGUAAGAACGCAGUCUUUCUCUCCGAUAGGACACUAUCUGUUCAGUCCAUCGGAGUCCAACCUUUGCACUAAAUUUUAAAAGAUUCCCUGCAGGUGCUGUAAGGAUAUUGUGCGCACUAUAUAAUGUGUUAUUGUGAGUGUCACACUCACAAUGACCUUUACAUUCGAAAGGGUAAAGACCAACUAAACGUUUGUACCACAUUGGAAGAUUGUCUCCUCCAGGUUUUCACAAUAAUGUGACGGACGGACACAAAUCUCACAAGCGAAACUCAUGAGAACAUUUUUACUCAAUCAGCAGUUACUUGAAUUCCAAAAUGUCCCAAAAAUACAAGACCAGCUGACGGCAACAACAGUAAAGACAGCUUGUAGCUUCGGUAGUAAAAUAGUGUUAACUAUGCAACAGUGGAGUUAUGACGCACAUCAGCUACGGUGAAACUACGGUGUAACUGUUGAAUGUUAGGUCGUUAGAUGUCUGAUUUUCACUGCAGCUGCUUGUUCUAAGUUGCACAUAAUUAUUUACAGCUUGUUGUGAUACAAAGAGGAGCAUAACACUGUCAAAAGCGUGUGACAUUUACUGCAUCACAUGUGCAACAAUGAGGUCAAAAACGUGUGAAAAUGUGAAGUUGAGAUGGAGAUUUAUCAAUAUACAAAAAUAUAAAGGUACAGUUUCACUACGGCAGAUGACUUAAGGUACAUUUAAAAUCAAAUUUGAUUUUUUUAACAGUAAAAACACUGAAUUGUCUUUCAGCCCUUCACACUAUCUUUAAAUAAACAAAAAUGUAAUCAUACUCAUUCAGGAAAUAAUACUUCUACCCCUCAUUAAAACACUAUAGUUGCAGUUUUAGAGAUUUUUUUUUUUUUAAAGCUUCUUAUUCAACUAUUUCUUUAAUUAGAGGAUGUUUUUUAUCAUUAACACAGCCAAGGUAAACAUUAACGCCUGUAUCAGUGAAUGUCAUCAUAGGUGGUCAGUGUUUUAACUGUCAUAGAGGAGCAAAAAAGCCCAAAAAAAACAAAAAAAACAUUCACUUUUAUCAGCCUGAGUACACGGAACACUUAUUUCUCACAACUGUCUUUCUCACAGUAGUGCCUGUGCAACGUUUCACACGAUUGUUCAUUAUUUGCAGUAUCACAAUAGAACUACACUCAACUCAAUACAAGGACCUUACACUACAUCACUUUACUCCCACUGGAACAUGUUUUGAUGUGUCUUGUGUUGUGGAUGACUGUUGUAGUGCCUUAUUUAACGCAUGUGUGUGUGUGUGUGUGUGUGUGAUGAUGAUUUUGUGUAUGCCCGUUUGUGUGUUUGGUUAAAAUGAUUCAGAUAAAAGAGGUUAGAAUGAUCUAGAUUGACAGCAGGUCAAAUUACAUCUGUGAGAUGUUAGACGUCAUAUAUUGACGGUAAAGAAUCCUAAAGGAGGAUAUAACUGGAAAGUCCCACUCCGACUCCUGGGAAACAUCGAUCUUGAAGUGUGUGAAGACACAGCAGUAUAUGCUCUGUAGAGCAUUCACACAUGCACUGAAGUCUGCACAUUUUCCCUGAAAUUGUGCAGCAGGGCCUGGUUUUAUGUAGCUGUAACAGAAGGCAUGGCAUGCAUUAAGUAAAAGUAGCAACAUUUUUGAGCUAUAUGGCAAACGAGAUUAUCAUAAAAACACAAUUUCACAUCAGUCAAUAUCGAUAAAUGUUAAGUAAAUUAGAGAUGUUUGCUCUUGAUUGAUUAUUGCCUGUUAAUUGUGGUGUUAAAGUUCUUUAUUGGCAAAAAGGAGAAACCUAUUACAUGUAACUGUUGUUAAAUGCCACUCAAAGGAAAUUAUACUCUAUAAUUAUUGUUGUAUCGAGUUAAACCUGCUUCUUUGCACUUCAGAUCCCCUGAAACAUCUCCACUCUGUUUGUUUGUUUGUUUGUUUGGGUCAUAUUUAUGGUACUUUGUAAGGACAAUGUCUAAAAAAAUUAAAACAAUCAGAAUUUAAAAAAAGCAGCUGUCCUGCAAUGUUAAUUAUAAUUUGCCAAAUCCUGCAGCUUUGUAACCACAUAGAUUAUAAAAAAAUGUAUAUAUAUAUAUAAACUGACUUUAUGUUUAAAAACAUAUAAAUGUCCAUACUGUUUUAUAUGUGGGGAAAGUAGACAAACUCCUAACAUGGAUGCAUUGAUGUGUGUGUGUGUGUGUGUGUGUGAUGCCGUGUUGAUACUUACACUGUUGUUCAUUAUACGUCGUUGAUAAUCGUACAUAAUGCCUAUAUUGAUCUCACAACGCUAUUGACCUAACGACAUUUGCACUUGCACUAUUAAGACAGAUAUUUAAGUAACUUUAUAAUGUUUAUUUUACAUAUGAUAGAGAGUUUUAAAGUGUACAGUAUGUAUGUCAACACACGACUGACGGUCGUCUGUAAAUAAUGUCUGUGUUGUCGCUCAGUUCCUCUCUGGCUAUGUUUACAUUACAUUACAAUAAAGCCAGACACUAGUGAGCUAAAAAAAAAAAGGACAUAUUUGUUUAAACUGCUCUGCACAUCAUUGUUUUACUUUUUAUUUUUUUAUAGAAAUGCUUCAUUAUGUUGUGAUAUCACAUUGUUUUAUUGCCUACAGUCCUUAUUAAACAAUGUAUAAUUGUAUGAUGUGG